AUGGAAGCUGCAUUAGACCAGGACGGCCAUGGCGCGGCGCUGCUCCACGGCCGACCGGAAGAUCUGCAGCAAUCGACUGGCCAUGAUUCGCCCGGAGUCAACGGUAGGGUUUCUUCGGCCGCACCAGAGCGGAAAACCGUGAAGGUAGUAAGCAUUCAAUCCUCGACGACGUUUUCCUUCCCUGAUUGCUCGGCGGCGAUGGCGGCUUACAAGGCGAGAUGCCCUCUUACUUUGUGCAGAAACCUGGAUCAGACCGAGGUGAUCGCCUGAAGGGCUGCAACAACUUCAACAAGGAGAAGAAGGGACAGACUGCCCCAGCCGCAAUUUCCCAGAACCAAAGGAGGAUGGCCGCCAUAUCCGAGGGCCUUUCUCUCCCUGCGAAGGUCGCCCACAAUGGCGGCUCGAGGAAGGCCACCGCCAGUGCGAAGCCGCUGAAGCCUGGAGCGGAAGGUCAGCCCCCAAAUGCCCUGAAGCUCGGAUCCUCUGGCUCAAACUACUUCCAUGGUUUCAUGUGUCUUCUCUUCUCUUUGGUUUGCUGACGCAAUUGCAGGAGUUCUUCAGAGCAGUGACUCACCUUCCAAGCCGAGAGCUCUUCCGACCUUGGUAGGUUGACUUUUGCAGCUGAGAUGGCUGCUUCUCUCUGUCAUCGUCCUCUCCAACAUGAUCACCCCCUUUUCCAAAAUUUAGGCUUUGAAAUCUGGUUCAGUGGAUGCGACUUCCGACGACAACACAUCUGAAGUGCCACAGUAAGCUGAUCUUCCUCCUCUGGGUUACAAGAUUCAGAGCUUCACUUGUCUCGGUCAACCAUCUGCCCAUAAUUCUGCAGACUGCGCAUGCUAUCUAAGAUUUUUAUGGCUGAAUAGGAACAGAAGAAGGUUUUCAUAGCAAUAGAACCGCCCAUAGAGAGAGAAAUGCUCUACUGUUCUUGGUGGUGCCUUCGUCUUUGGUAAUUUAUGGCUUGAACAAAAAAAAAAAGCCUUUUUGUUUAAGAAUAUGGCGCUGUAAAAGCAGCAUUCAAGUAUUAAUUUAUGGGAUAAUUGGGUCGCCGAUCCUCGAUCAAUCUUGCUGAUUUGGAAACCUAUUAUUAUCAUCUAGAAUGCCUUUCGAUCCCAAAUAAUGAAUGCUCAGAGUUUUAAUACACAAAGGAUAUCGAUUCCAUUUCCAGAAGCGAGAGUCCUGGAAGUGCAUCUCAGAGGAAGAGCAGCUCCUCUGGCUUUGCCUUCAGGUUGGAUGUACGCGCUGAAAAACGGAAGGAGGUGUGCAUGUUCAUGAAAAUCAUAUGUUUUUUGCUGCCAAAUAUGCUAUGAUCUGAUCUGGUGCGGCUGGACCAGUUCUUCAUGAAGCUUGAGGAGAAGAUACAGGCCAAAGAAGAGGAGAAGACGAACUUGCAGGCGAAAUCAAAGGUGCUGAGAGUUGGGAAGAUGGAAACUUGUUUGAUUAAUCUCGUUUAUGGCCUCUGCCCAGUUCAUCUUAGAUUAAACUAAUCAGACCCACUGGAGUUUUUUUGAUCUAGGAAAACCAGGAGGCGGAGAUCAAGCAGCUGAGAAAGAGCUUGACGUUCAAGGCCACACCCAUGCCCAGUUUCUACAAGGAGCCGGAGCCCCCUAAAGCUGAACUGAAGAAGGUAUUACGCUUCUAUUGUAUCGAUUCAUGACUUCUAUCCUCAAGCUUUACCUGCAGAGAUUCUUGGCGCAGAUCCAGAUGGCCAUAAAUGCCCGGCCGCCAUUUUUUUUCAUGUCAAGCUGUGAGCAUGAAUUAGAUUGUUUUCACUUAAAAACAUAGUAUUAAGGAGAAGAGAGCUGCUGGAGACGGCCAAGGAAGAGUGUGUGUGUGUGUGUGUGUGUGUGUGUGAGAGAGAGAGAGAGAGAGAGAGAGGGAGAGAUGGAGCGCCGAGUUAUAAAUGAGACAGCUCUGGAAAUAAAAAUAUAUAUAAUUCACGACGUAUUUUUAUAUAAAUAAUUUAAAUAUGUGGAGUUUCAUGACGACGAUCUUCCUGGAUGCUGCCAUGUUUUCUGUGGAGAAGAAAAAGGCUGUGUUUUCUGCACAACCUUCAUUCAUUUGUGACUGGUCUAGAUGUCAAAAUAUGCGUCCCCAGAAUUCGUUUUGAGUGGCUUAAUCCGUUGAUUUCCAUAUUAUUGGUCUACAGACUUCAAUCCCUGCUCUUGAUAAUGAUAAUAGGAUACAUCAAAAUAUUUAUGAAAUAACUCUAUCAUGGAAAUUUAUUUAUUUUUUUCUAGUGAGCUGCUGGCUGAUUGAAUCGAUGGGUUUUCCUCAUCAUCCAAUUUGACUUAUGGCCACAGAGCUUCAUAAAUCUUCACAAAUCACAGACUGGGGUGGAUUAACCUAGUGAUAUGAGCCUUGAAAGUUACUGUCUUGUUGUUCUAAAAUUUAUUUUUAUUUCAAAUUCCUUCCUGGUGUUUGUUGUUCGUGAUAAUAAUAGGAUAAAUAUUGUUAUUAUUAUUAUUAUUAUGAUCAUCCUCUAUAUAUAUGCAUGCUGCUUGAUUGGACUUCGGGAAGAGCUUGGGUUUGAUCGAUUAAUGAACCGGGUAGAAGCACAUAUGAUUAUUAUGAUCAUUGUCUGUUUAUAUGCUGCCUGAUUAUACGAAAUCGGAAAGAACUUGGGUUUGAUCGAUUAAAGAACCGGGUAGGAGCAGAUAUUGUUAUUAUUAUGAUCAUUCUCUGUAUAUAUGCUGCUUGAUUAGACGACGUCGGAAAAUCUUGAGUUUGAUCGAUUAAAGAACAGGGUAGGAGCAGAUAUUAUUAUUAUGAUCCUUCUCUGUAUAUGCUGUUCGAUUGGACGUCGAGAAGAGCUUGGCUCAGAUCCUGAUGCAGCCGUUUCUCAUGAGGAUCUUCGCAGAUUCCGACGACCCGGGCGGUGUCUCCGAAGCUCGGACGCCGGAAGCCCUCCGCCGCUUCGGAGAGCUCCCCUGAAGGCGAGAGGAACAGGCCGAACGGAGGCCCAGCCAACGGGAAUGGAGGACCGGUCGUUUCCAAGAAGACAACUCGCAAGUCGUCUUCUCCGGCGCCGGCGACGGCCAAGCCAAACGCGAAAGCCGCCGCCGCCGCCGCCGCUGCCCCAAGGCCAGAGGUGGAAGCGGAAGGGAAGCCCAGCGGGGGGGAGUCGGAGCAGUCGGCUCCGUGAACGGCGCCGGCGACGGGGACGGCGAAGGGACGGGCAGAGGAGAAUGCCAAGGCUUCCGGAAGUCCCCGUCCCUGAGAGGAAGAAGAAGAAGAAGAGGCCGAGAGUGUGAGUGGUGUGCUCUCUCGCUGGUUGCUGUCGUCCAGAUUUGUGUACAGUAGAGAGAGAGAGAGAGAGAGAGGGUCUGUCUGUUUUUUCAUGGAGUUGUAUGCGGCGAUUACGACGCAGUCAUCUUUGCUCUGUUUCUAAAUUAUCGACGGUCUCCCGUCGCAGCGAGCAGGUGAGGCUGCUGGGCUGGCAGGGAGCCGAGGAGGGUGAGACCUCUUGUUUUCAGGCUUUCUUGCCGCCCUCUCCUACAAUGCACCUCUCUCUACCCUCUCUCUCUCUCUCUCUCUCUCUCUCUCUCUCUCUCUCUCUCUCUCUCUAUCUAUAUCCCUGUUUAUUUAAUCAUAAUAUAGACGACAUUGUUUGGUGCCGUCGGUGAGUAUGCGUCUGAAGACGGUAGACGACCGAGCUUAUUCUUCUUUCUAUACACGGGACGCCGACACCCGAACAACCCGACUCUGACUGGUCUGUCCCUCUCCGUCGGCUGCCCCGCGUUAGAGAGAGAGAGGUAGAGAGAGUGUGGUGGGCUGAUGAAACCGAGCUGGGUCUUUCCCGCUCCGUCUACCCGCCCUGCGUUAGCUAG